AUGGAUUCCAAAACUUCGGGACCAAUGCCUGGCUGCCCAGCACCUGAAGAUAUUCCUUCGGGACUGGCCAUUUUUAAAACGAUACCAUAUGCCUUAAUCUUGCCAGAGCUGAUCUUUGGCUGCUGGGUUUGGAUCCUCGUAGCAGCUACCACGGUGUAUUUCCCUUUGCUGCAAGGAUGGGUCAUGUACGUCUCGGUCAGCUCCUUUGUCAUCUCCUUUCUGCUCCUCCUGAGUUACUUGUUUGGCUUCCAUAAAAAGGUUGAAUCCUGGAGAAUUCUGGACAGUCUUUACCAUGGAGCCACAGGCAUUUUUUACCUGAGCGCUGCUGUGUUGCAGGCAAAUGCAACAAUCCGUUCAGAGAGUGAAGUGGCAACAGAUUUUAUCCCUCGCUAUUAUCAGCUCAAUGUUGCAGCCACGUUGUUUGCUUUCAUCACUACGCUGCUGUAUAUUUUGCAUGCCUUCAGCAACUACUACCACUGAAAUGACAGGAGCUGGAGUCUGUG